AUGGUGUAUGAGAACAAACCAUUUGACCCGAUAACGAUCAAAUCUUCAGACACGAAGAAACGAGUCGCCUAUUUCUAUGACGCCGACGUGGGUAAUUACGCUUACGGUUCAGGGCACCCGAUGAAACCACACAGGAUAAGAAUGACCCACUCCUUGGUGAUGAACUACGGUCUAUAUAAGAAAAUGGAAAUUUACAGAGCUAAACCAGCCACGAAACAGGAAAUGUGUCAAUUUCACACCGAUGAAUAUAUCGAUUUCCUGUCUAGGGUGACUCCCGACAAUUUGGAGAUGUUCAAGAAGGAAAGUGUCAAGUUUAAUGUCGGGGAUGAUUGUCCCGUGUUCGAUGGGCUUUACGAAUAUUGUAGUAUCUCUGGUGGAGGAUCCAUGGAGGGGGCCGCAAGAUUGAAUAGAGGUAAAUGUGACGUGGCUAUUAAUUACGCAGGUGGGUUGCAUCAUGCUAAGAAAUCAGAAGCCUCUGGGUUUUGCUACCUGAACGAUAUCGUCUUGGGGAUCAUUGAACUAUUAAGGUUUCAUCCAAGAGUACUUUACAUCGAUAUCGAUGUCCAUCAUGGGGACGGUGUAGAGGAGGCAUUUUAUACCACAGAUCGUGUGAUGACUUGUUCAUUCCACAAGUAUGGUGAGUUUUUCCCCGGGACUGGGGAAUUGAGAGAUACUGGUGUCGGUAAGGGGAAAUACUACGCUGUUAACGUGCCCCUAAGAGAUGGUAUUGAUGAUGCCACGUAUAGAAACGUAUUUGAACCCGUAAUAAAGAGAAUUAUGGAAUGGUAUCAACCUUCCGCUGUUGUAUUACAAUGUGGUGGUGAUUCCCUAUCAGGGGAUCGUCUCGGUUGUUUCAAUCUUUCCAUGCAAGGUCACGCUAAUUGUGUCAAUUACGUGAAAUCCUUUGGUAUCCCCAUGAUGGUGGUCGGUGGUGGUGGUUACACAAUGAGAAAUGUGGCUAGAACUUGGUGUUUCGAAACAGGGUUGUUGAACAAUGUUGUCUUGGAUCAAGAACUACCAUAUAAUGAUUAUUAUGAAUAUUAUGGACCAGAUUAUAAAUUAGACGUUAGACCAUCAAACAUGUUUAAUGUCAAUUCCAGUGAAUAUCUAGAUAAAAUAAUGACCUCCAUUUUCACGAAUUUGGAAAAUACUAAGUAUGCACCAAGUGUUGAGUUGACUAACGUGCCCAAGGACCCUGAAGAUCUCGGAGACCAGGAGGAGGAUACCGCUGAGGCCAAGGACACGAAGGGUGGGUCACAGUAUGCAAGAGACCAAGAAGUAGAGCACCCAAACGAGUUUUAUUGA